CCUCCAAGAGCAAUCAUGUCAACAAUCACCGCCACCGCCCUCCAAACCUCAUACGCCCCAAUUCUCCCUCUCAGCUUCAAUGGGAACCAGUCGGAGACAAUCCGCCUCUACCCACUCUCCAACUACACCUUUGGCACCAAGGAGAACCAGCCCGAAGAAGACCCGUCAGUACUUGCCCGCCUAAAGCGCCUCGAAGAGCACUAUGAGCUUCAUGGAAUGCGCCGUACCUGUGAAGGCAUCCUCGUCUGUCACGAGCACAAUCACCCUCACAUCCUGAUGCUACAGAUUGCAAACGCGUUCUUCAAGCUCCCGGGCGACUACCUCAAGCCCGAGGACGACGAGAUCGAGGGGUUCAAGGCGCGACUGAAUGAACGGCUCGCACCGGUCGGAUCGCAGUUCUCGGGAGAGGGAGUCAAUGAGGACUGGGAAAUUGGCGACACGUUGGCGCAAUGGUGGCGCCCAAACUUUGAGACGUUCAUGUACCCAUUCAUCCCCGCCCACGUAACAAGGCCGAAGGAAUGCAAAAAACUCUACUUCAUCCAGCUUCCGCGACAGAAGGUUCUUAGCGUGCCAAAGAACAUGAAGCUCCUCGCCGUCCCGCUCUUCGAACUCUACGAUAACACUGCGCGCUACGGCCCCCAGCUAUCCGCGAUUCCGCAUCUGCUCUCGCGUUAUAACUUUGAAUUCGUGGAUGAGAAGGGACAGGUUGUUGCUGCGACACCCGGCCAGGCGCCAGAUGCCAACGGCUACGUGCCACAGACGAAGGUUCUGGCCGGUGGCGAUAUAGAAAUCGAGGAUUUCCCUACGAAUGAGGAGAAGGUUUGAACUUGCAGCACACAAACGGAGUUGGCGUUAGGGAAAGCAUGGCUAUAUGCAUAGAUACCAUAGGACCAGGUGUACAAUAUGUAAUGAUCGUCAAGAACAUUUGGGUGGGUUGGCAUGUUGCAGCCAGCAGAAUUGUGACGCUCUAGAACCGAUGCUACUCAUGCCUUCUCUCCCUGUAUCGUAGCCACCACCUUCCUCUGGUGCCUAGCCGCCCUGAACUCUAGAUACCACACUCCCUGCCACGUCCCAGUCGCCAGCUUUCCAUCCUUUAUGGGUAUCGUCACGCUCGCUCCAAUCAAUGCGCUCUUAAUAUGUGCCUACAGCUUGUUAGCCACUACCUACCCAAACCUUUGCUGAGAGCAUACAGGCAUAUCAUCCAAACCCUCCGCCGAGUGUCUGUAUAGGUCUCCCUUUUUAUCCUCUGGCGCAAUGCGGUCAAGCGCAUCGCUCAUGUCCUCCCUCACAUCCGAAUCCCAGUUCUCGUUGAGGGAGAGCGCGCAGGACGUGUGCUGGACAAACAGGUUGACAAGGCCUACUUUGUAGCCCUUGAGCUCUGGAAGACUGUCGACGAUGUGGUCGGUGAUGAGAUAGCUGCCCCGCGACUUGGGAGGCAGAGUUAUUGUCUUUUGAAACCAGGACAUAGUGGCGGGUGUGGGUUUUGGACGCUAGGUGUCUGUGAUUGGUAUUGGGGAAAGAGCGCUGUUGAGCAAAGAUAGAGCGGUACGUGCUACAGAUAAUGGCAAAGCGAAGGCAAGAAAACAAUAAUAAGAACGGGUUUGAGGCGGGGUUCAGCGAUCUGUCGAGAUCGUGAGGUGGGUUGGGAAGUAAAGUUUGGUGGGGGUUAUCGGGUAAAUGUGAUGUCACCGCAGGGCGGUAAUUUAUAGAAAGUAUGGAUAGGCUG